AUGUACAGCCUGGCUGCUGCCAUUCUUGUCGGUGUCGCAUCUGCGGCAUCGCUGAACAGUGUGUGUACGACCGACUAUGUCACGUCCGUUCUGCCCACUGCUAGCGAUGACAUUCCAUCUGGAAUUACCAUCGAUACCAGCUCUGUAUCUGCCAGUAUCUAUCGCAACUAUUCCCUCACCGAUUCUAUUUUCUGGGAGGACUUGACCAUCAACUUCUGCGAGGUAUCUUUUGCCUACAGCCACCAGAACAGUGACGACCGCGUAGUUGUCCAGUAUUGGAUGCCGAGCCCAGACACAUUCCAGAACAGAUUUCUCGCUACAGGUGGUUCUGCAUAUGAGAUCAACAACGGCUCAGGAGGAGGUGAUAUCGCCGGAGGGGUCGCCUUUGGGGCUGCCACUGGCUACACUGACGGCGGAUUCCCUUACUGGGGUGGUACUGACUUCGAUGAUGUUGUCAUUCUCGGAAAUGGAACUGCCAAUUGGCCUGCCAUCUACAACUGGGGAUAUCAAGCCAUCGCCGAGAUGACCCAAAUUGGAAAGGCUUUUACCAAUAACUUCUUCAACGUUGGGAGUAAGGCUACCAAGUUGUACACCUACUUCAUCGGUUGCUCUGAAGGUGGACGGGAGGCCAUGAGUCAAGCCCAGCGGGCCCCCGAAUUAUACGAUGGCAUCGUUGCGGGUGCCCCUGCUAUGCGAUACGGCCAGCAGCAGGUGAACCACAUCGCUCCUCCCAUCCAAAUUCAGACCAUUGGAUAUUAUCCACCUUCUUGCGUGUUCGAUACGGUGAUUAACGCAACGAUUAAUGCCUGUGAUGGCAUGGAUGGAAAGGUUGAUGGGGUGGUUGCUCGUAGUGAUCUCUGUUUCCAGAAUUUCAACGUCUCCUCAAUGCUGGGUAAAUCUUACUACUGCGAGGCUGGGUCGACCAGCAGCCUUGGCUUGGGAUACGGAAAGAGGAGCAAGAGACAGACAACCUCGGCCACUCCCGCACAGAAUGGAACUAUCAAUGCCAAAGAUAUCGAGGUGAUCGAGGAUCUUCUGACUGGACUGAAAGAUUCGAAUGGUGACCUCGUAUACUUUCCUUUCCAGCCUACAGCCGGCUUUGGAGACACCACUGUCUACGACAGCACCACGGAUUCUUGGACGAUCACUUCUCCUAACUCCAACGGAGAAUGGAUUACCAAGUUCCUAAACUGGCAGAAUGUCACAGAAAUGGAUAUGUGGGGAGUCACCAACGAUGACCUGAAGGCAUGGAUGAUCGAAGGAAUGACCAAAUACAUGGACUCUCUUCAGACCACGCUUCCUGACCUGACCCCCUUUCACUCCAAGGGAGGCCGUCUGCUUCACUACCACGGGGAGGCCGAUAGCAGUGUGCCCCCGACCGGACCUAUUCACUACCACGAAUCGGUUCGCAAGAUCAUGUACCCUGACCUCUCUUUUGCUGAUGGUAAUGAGAAACUCAACGACUGGUAUCGGUUCUAUCUCGUCCCUGGUGCAGCCCACUGCGCGACCAACGAUGAGCAACCCAAUGCUGGCUUCCCCCGGGACAAUUUUGCCCACAUGGUCAAAUGGGUGGAAGAAGGUGUGGUGCCCACUACAAUCAAUGCCACCGUUACUUCUGGAGAGCAUGCGGGCGAGGUCCAAGAGCUUUGCACUUGGCCGUCGCGCCCAUACUGGACUGACAACAACACCAUGAUCUGCGAACAGAACGCAACCUCUAUCCAGGCCAUGCUCUGGAAGUUGAGCGCUUACCUUACGCCUAUCUAUUAG